UAGGUAGAAGAGUGAUCACCAGUUUCUUGUGAACAAAAAUUUAUAGCAGUAGAAGAAGUGAAAAUGGUUUACAAAUCUCUUGAUCAAAUCUGUGUAUCAGAUAUCACAGAGCUAGGGAUACCUACUGAUGUUUCAAAACAACUUCACAAACUUCUCUCUGAAAUUCUACUUAAACAUGGAAAAGAUACUGUUCAGACAUGGAAUGAUAUCUCCAAGAAUCUAUUGAACCCUAAUCUUCCUUUCUCUCUUCAUCAAUUGAUGUAUUAUGGUUGUUACAAAGACUUCGGCCCUGAUCCCCCUGCUUGGAUUCCUGACUUACAGGGCGCCAUAUCAACUAAUGUAGGGAAGAUAUUAGAGAGACGGGGAAGAGAAUUUCUUGGUUCAAAAUACAAAAAUCCCAUUUCCAACUUCUCAGAUUUCCAUGAAUUUUCUGUCUCCAAACCAGAGGUUUAUUGGCAAAUGGUACUGGAUGAAAUGAAUAUAUCAUUUUCUGUACCACCUAUUUGUAUUUUCCGCGAGCACCCAACGGAGGAAGGCCGAUUGUCUUACCCUGGAGGUCAAUGGUUACCGGGAGCUUUUUUCAAUUCUGCUGAAAAUUGCUUGGCUUUGAAUGGUAAGAGAUGUUUAGACAAUAUAGCUGUAAUAUGGAGGGAUGAAGGAGAUGACAAUUUGCCUUUGCAUCAAAUGACACUUAAGGAAUUACAAGAGGAGGUUUGUUUGGUCGCAAAUGCAUUAUACACAUUGGGCCUGGACAAAGGAUCUGCCAUUGCAAUUGAUAUGCCAAUGAAUGUUACUGCUGUGAUUAUUUACUUAGCGAUUGUGCUGGCCGGAUUUGUUGUUGUAUCCAUUGCUGAUAGUUUUGCUGCUCGUGAGAUAUCGACGAGGCUAACGUCAUCAAAUGCAAAAGCAAUAUUCACUCAGGAUUUUAUUAUACGUGGAGGAAAAAGUCUUCCGCUGUAUAGUAGAGUUGUUGAUGCUGAAUCACCGUUAGCUAUAGUUGUUCCUUCUAGAGGCUGUAGCAUCUCAGUCGAAUUGCGGGAUGAUGAUUUGGCUUGGCCUACUUUCGUGGAGAGAGCAAAAUAUUCCAAGUAUGUCUCUCAUGAGAGCGGAAAUAUUGGUUUUACUGCUGUCGGGCAACCAAUAGAAGCUUUCUCAAAUAUCCUUUUUUCGUCUGGAACAACAGGGGAACCAAAGGCGAUCCCAUGGACCCAUGCAACUCCCUUGAAGGCGGCUGCUGAUGCCUGGUGUCACAUGGAUGUUCGUAAAGGUGAUGUCGUUGUGUGGCCUACAAAUCUUGGCUGGAUGAUGGGACCUUGGCUAGUUUAUGCGUCUCUCUUGAACGGGGCUUCCAUUGCUCUAUAUAACGGGUCACCCCUUGGUUCUGGAUUUUGCAAGUUUGUACAGGAUGCCAAGGUAACGAUGCUUGGAGUGGUUCCCAGUGUUGUCCGCGCCUGGAAAAAUUCGAACUGCACCUAUGGAUUUGAUUGGUCUGCUAUUCGAUGCUUUAGCUCCACUGGUGAGGCAUCUAACGCCGAUGAAUACCUCUGGCUGAUGGGAAGAGCUCAGUACAAGCCUGUCAUCGAGUAUUGUGGUGGUACUGAGAUUGGUGGUGGAUUUGUUAGUGGAUCAUUGCUGCAACCUCAAUCAUUAGCUGCAUUUAGUACUCCAGCAAUGGGCUGUACACUGUAUAUCCUUGCCGAAGAUGGAAAUCCUAUUAACUACAGAAGUGCUGUUGAUAUUCUUAGCGAACCACAACCACACAAUGCUCCAGGGAUAGGUGAACUGGCCCUUGAUCCAAGAAUGCUAGGCGCUUCAAAUACGCUGCUGAAUGCUCAACACCAUGAUGUCUACUUCAAGGGGAUGCCAAUCGUGAAUGGGAAGGUUCUUCGAAAACAUGGGGAUGAGUUUGAACGUACUUUUGCUGGAUAUUACAAAGCGCAUGGUCGUGCAGAUGAUACAAUGAAUCUUGGGGGCAUUAAGAUAAGUUCAAUUGAGAUUGAGCGGAUCUGUAAUUCAGUUGAUGAUACUAUCCUUGAAACAGCAGCUAUUGGGGUUCCCACUUUUGGAGGCGGCCCUGAAAGAUUGGUUAUUAUUGCAGUCUUCAAGGAUAUAAAAAAUGCUGCGCCAAACUUGAAUCAACUGAGGACUGUAUUUAAUUCUUCGCUGCAACAGAAGUUGAAUCCUUUAUUCAAGGUUUCUUAUGUGAUGCCUAUGGCGGCUCUUCCAAGGACAGCCUCAAAUAAGGUCAUGAGAAGGGUUUUGCGGCAGCAGUUGGUUCAGCACAACCGAGAGGCGAAGUUGUAAUAUUUGUAUUGUGGAUCUAUAGCUACAUGCUUCUGGGAAUAUUACUGCAAAGGUCUGUUUUUGCAGACAAGUUGAAUCAUUUGCCUUACCGAAAUGAACUUGAGGUUCUUUACGUCUUCAGAGAUCAUCUGAAUUCAGAAGGAAUCCUUCAUGUAUCUAGAUCAGUUCCCACAGAUACAUUGACAAUAUAAUCAUAAAAUUACCUUAGUUAAAAAUCUCUUUAUUUUAAACAGCA